AUGCGGGGUUUUGGCAGGUUAUGCUACCAGUUUGGUUAUAGCAUUUGGCUGCCACCAAUUCUUGAUACGUAUUGUUUCUUCAGUACGUUGAUAAUUUUGAGGUUUGUGGGUCCAAUGAAAGCCUUUGGAGGGUCGAAAGUGGUACUGCAGUUUAUAUCAAACCAUGAGCCCACUGAACAGUUUGUUCCUAGUCCAAUUCCAAAAGGGUAUGGGACAAUUAAGUCUCCACACUUCGAUUGGCAUCCCGGCUUUGAGGUGGCGGCGGAGGCAGCAGUGGAAGCUGCAGCUCCAGAGUUGGAGUAG